UUCUCGUGCAAAUCAUCGUGCAAACCCAGCUGCCACGCCGGCUGCAACUCCCACUGCCUCCUUUGGUGCAAAUCCUCAUGCAAACCCUGGUGCCUGUCUGGCUGCGGGCCCCAGCACAAACACUUCUGCCGCACUGGCUGCAACUCCUGCUGCCACGUCUCGUGCUACCCCUCGUGCAAAUCAUAA